UUGAUGAAGUGUGACCGCUGUCCUGCUCCGAAACAAUGCAGUUGCCAAUAUAAUAUAAUUUACUGUGAUCAUUUGAAUCUUACUGAUGUUCCGGAGUUUACGAAACCAGACAACGAGCAUAUGACUUGGGAUAUUGAACUGCAUAAUAACAACAUAAAAAGUAUUCGGAAUGGUGCUUUUCAAAAUUUGAAACUUGAAAUGCUUCUCAUAUUUGAUAAUGAGAUUGAGGUUGUAGAGGAUGACGCCUUUAGUGGGAGUGAGGAUAGUCUAUAUGUACUACAUCUUUAUAAUAACAAAUUGACUACAGUUCCGUCUGCUGUUGGUAAAAUGAGAAACCUUAUGGGUUUAGAUGUCCACAACAAUCCUAUAUCUACAAUAAGGGAAGAUAUACUUCAAAAUGUUUCAAGCACAUUGUCCGGUAUUAUGUUUGGUGAUAUGAAAAUGACCUUGUGGCCAAACUCUCUGAACGUUUUGUCAAACUUGGAAUCAAUAAGGAUUCAAAAUCUAAACAUCACACUAAUUCCAGACAAUGCAUUAGAUUUUUUUCGCAACUUAAGUAGUUUUGAGAUGAUUUCAACAGAUUUUAGUAACAUACCAUCUUCUCUUAGUGAUCGCUCAAUGUUAGAAGAUAUCAAUUUAGAAGAUAACCCAAUGUUGACGACUGAAAGCUUCAAACCUGAAACAUUUAGUAAACUUUCUACUUUAAUGCGAAUGACAAUUAUGAAUAGUAGUAUAACUAUUUUACCAAAUAUAUUUAAUAAACUUACUAAUUUGUUUAUUCUGCAACUAGAGAACAAUCCGAUAACAUCAAUUCCAGAUCACGUGUUUCCUCUGAAUUUCUCCUCUAACUUUUGGUUUAUGACAUUAAAGAACACAUCUUUGGCCAGUGUUCCAAAGGCUCUAUCCAACCUUACUAGUCUCACCCGACUUGCUUUUAUGACAAGCUUAAUAUCGGAAAUUCACGAUAACGAUUUCAGAAACAUGGAUAAACUAGAGAGACUGUAUUUUACAAACAGCCCGUUACAUACUGUGUCCGAAAAUGCUUUUAAUGGACUGAAGUCCUUGAAGUAUCUUACUCUGGAUAAUACGCUCCUAACUACCGUACCGAAAGCAAUGAUGAAUCUGCCAUCACUUUCAGAUCUAAGUCUAUCAAAUACCAAAGUCGUUUGUACAUGUUCCAAUCUAAGAUGGAUUAAACAAUGGACUAAGCAAAGUGAAGUGGAGAUUUAUGGAAGUUGUAUCAACAUUAAGAUGACGAUUGCAUUAUUUAUUUAUAAAGAACUGCCCAAGUGUUAA